CUCAACACAGUAUCUAUGGGUGGAAGUGAUUCAGUGAGGUGUGCCCUUAAUAUCAACAUGCUUCUCUUAACCACCUUAAAACAAAUAGUUGAUAACAGUCACACUGCUAUUCAAAUAUUAUCAAUAAAGAUAUGCAGGGGUGCACACCUAAGUAUAAAGCCUCCAUUAGAGAGUUCUCACUCAGAUCAGCUUCCUGUUCACCGGCUCACAUCACAUCUGAGGAUGGCUUCUCUCCGUGUUUUUGUUUGUCUGCUGGGACUGGUUGUCCUUUGCCACUCUCAAUGCUUCUUCCAGGCGUUGGUGCUGAAAGAUCUUAACAACCCUCCAAAAGGGUGUGUGGACAAGGACGGAAAGCAGCAUGAUUUUGGCUCUGAAUGGGACAGAGACUGCAUGGCGUGCUCUUGUACAACCCAGGGCUUGAGCUGCUGUAGCAAGAUCCCAUAUGCAGACACAGUAGAUAUUCCUGAUGAAUGCGAGCUGGUUGUAAAUAAGGAGACCUGCUCUGCCAAGGUGUUGUUGAAGUCAGACAUGACAAAAGAGUGUACCCCAAUGUGAACUCACCUCAAAUUUACCUCUACAUGUUUGUGAAAACAGAAGUCCAAACUUGUCAGCGGUCUUUUUUAUGAUUCAUAUCAACAAUUUUAGGGUGUGUACAUAAACCCUAAAUCACCAUUAAACCAUCUUUGUCAAUCUUGUCAUGUUUUGAAGGCUUUUGACAAUAAAGAUAAAACCUAAAAA